AUGCUGUCUAAAUUGCUUGGAUCGCAAUUAAGGGCGACAUCAUUUGUCCAACGGCCUCAUGUUACCAAAAAUAUGGUGCGCCUGAGUGCCCAGGUUAGUAGAGUUAAUCCUGGUCGCUCUUUCAGUGUUAACAGAAUCUUAUUGGAAUCAAAGGAAAUUGUUAAAAAGGAGGUGAAUACUUUACCUUCAGCGACGAAAAUUACCAAGAUCGAAAAGAGCGGAUUCUUCAGUCAUGGAUUUGGAAAACUGCUUAAGUGGUCGGUUUUUUCCACUGGUAUCUUGGCCACAGUAUGCGGUUCAGCUUUGAUAAUAUUCUUCAUUUACGACUCCACGACUUAUAAUGAAUGCGAAGUGCCCGAGAACAUUGAAGUUCCUACGCUGGCCAUAAGUCCUGAAAGAGGAGGUCCUGAGAAUUUGCCCAUUCUCAGGGAAAGUUUGGACACUUAUGAUUCGGAAGUGAAGCAAACUCUCAGUUACAAGCCAAAGCUGGUUGUUUUGGGUUCUGGUUGGGCAUCUGUCGGUCUUUUGAAGAGUUUGCACAAGGGAGAUUACGAUGUUACUGUAGUUUCACCUCAAAAUUACUUCUUGUUUACCCCUCUGUUGCCUUCGGCUGCCACUGGUACUCUGGAAGUGAAAAGUUUGAUGGCAUCUAUUAGAAAAAUCGUUGGAUAUAUCGGUGGUCACUAUCUGGAAGCUAAGGCUGAUAGGAUUGAGUUUAAGGAAAAAUUGGUUAAAGUGUCUCAGGUGCUACCGCAAACUGGUGAGACUAGAUCUUUCUAUCUUCCUUAUGACAAAUUAGUCAUCGGUGUCGGUUCAACCGCUAACACUCACGGUGUUGAAGGUCUGCAGUACUGUGAUCGUUUGAAAAGUGCGGAAGAUGCGCUCGAUAUUAAGAGAAAGAUCAAAAACAAUUUGGAAUUGGCCUGCCUGCCAACCACUACCGAAGAAGAACGUAAGAGACUAUUGAGUUUUGUUGUGUGCGGUGGUGGUCCAACUGGUGUGGAAUUUGCUGCUGAAGUUUUCGAUUUGUUGAACGAAGAUUUGCCAAAAUUGUACCCAAGAUUAUUGAGACAGCAAGUUUCAGUUCACAUCAUCCAGUCUAGGUCAAACAUUCUAAACACUUAUGAUGAAAAAAUCUCAGAGUACGCUAUGGAUAGAUUCAAAAAGGAGAGUAUCGAUCUUCUAACAAAUGCCCGUGUUGAUAAAAUUCUGCCGGAUAAGGUUAUCUUUAAUCAAAAAAAUCCAACUACAGGAGAAUUGGAAAGAAAGGAGUUGCCAUUCGGUCUUUGUCUAUGGUCAACUGGUGUGGCCCAAAACCCGCUGGCAAAACAAGUGGUUAAGGCAUUCCCAGGUGACCAAAAGAACAAGAGAGCUAUUGAAACCGACUCCCAUUUGAGAGUCCUUGGUAAUGAAAUGAAAGAUGUUUACGCCAUUGGUGACUGUUCUACUCUGAGAACAGAUUUGGCGGAUCACGCUGGUGAAUUUGUCAGAAAUUAUAUCAUCCAGAAGAACUUACGCACAGCUAAUCAGGCCAGUGACAUCAUCACCAAUGAUGAGAUUAAAAACUUGUCAUUGACUUACGAGGAAAUUUACGACUUGUCAAGACAACUAUCUAAAAGACACCCACAGACUAGGGAAAGUUUCAUCGCUUUGGAAGAAGUAUUGCCAAAGUACGACACAGGAAAGAAAGGAAGUCUUAACUUCAAAGAAAUUACUCGUCUGUUGAAAGAUACUGAGUCAAAGUUGACUUCUCUGCCCGCAACAGCUCAAAGAGCCCACCAACAAGGUACUUACCUUGGUAAAAAAUUCACCAGGAUUGCCAGAAUUACCGACGAUCAUACCAGAAGAGGUCAACUUAUCGAGUUUGAUCUUGACGAAUCUUCCUGCAAGCCAUUCAGAUACAUUCACUUGGGAUCUUUGGCCUAUAUCGGUAAUUCGGCUGUCUUCGAUCUUCCAGGUUACUCUUUUGUUGGUGGCCUGAUUGCAAUGUACCUAUGGAGAGGCGUGUAUUUCGCCCAAACCGUGUCACUAAGGACCAGAGUACUAUUAUUCAUGGACUGGUUGAAGAGAGGACUAUUUGGAAGAGACAUAAUGUCUACAGUUUAA